AUGUGGCUAUGUGAUGGAGAUGAUGAUUGUGGGGAUGGCUCUGAUGAAUUAAAUUGCAAACAACGCAAACCAGGCGAUCUGUGCCAAGCAACAGAAUUUAGUUGUAAAGAUGGGAGACAGUGUGUACCCUCAAGUUUUCAUUGCGACGGGACUAAUGAUUGUCAUGAUGGAAGCGAUGAAAUUGGCUGUGUCCAACCAACAGUUGUUGCACCCCCACAGUCAAAUAUGGUUGUAACACAGGGUGGUGAAUUUAAAUUGACAUGUAGAGCUGUUGGAGUCCCCGAUCCUUAUAUCAAUUGGCGUUUGAAUUGGCAAGAUGUUUGUGAACCCCCUAGAUGCCAGCAAGUUUCUGAGGGUGGUGUUGGCACUCUUACAGUUCAGAAUGCUCAGCCAUUAGACCAAGGUGCCUACACUUGCGAAGCUAUAAACGUCAAAGGCCGAGUAUUGGCAACUCCAGACUGUAUCGUCCGUAUAGUCUCUAUACCAGCACCAGAACCCCCUCCAGAAUCACGUGCUCCAAAACCAGAACAGAGAACCUGCUCUAGUCCAACAACUUAUCAAGCACCUCAAGGUUGCCUUCGCUGCUUUUGUUUUGGAGUUACUGAUCGUUGUCGUUCUAGUAUGCUUUUCAGAACAAAGGUAGGAACUUUAAGUUUUUAA